AUGGCCAGUCUAACCGACGCCUCGACAACAUACACGCCUCCGGCAGCACUCACCAUCGUCUCCUGGGGUUCGAUUGCUAUCGCAGGUCUCGCCUCGUUGUGGAUCACAUGUGAUAUUGUCUUCCAUAGGCGGUGGAGGCAGAUGAUGGCUAUUAUGAUUCCCGUCUAUGUCAUCAACGCGCUCUAUCUGUGGCCAAUUACCGCUUGGAUAUACGUUCAGUACGGGAGGCGGGGAAUGUCGGGACCGUCAAACCACGAGGCCGAGACGAUAGAAGAGGAUCCUCUCUUACACGCGCUGUCUCAACCGGGUCAUAGUGAAGAGAACGCCGACGCGGAACAGCGCCCACAUGGGCAUUUGACGGCGAAUGACCAUGAUGACGGUGAUGAUGCUGACAGUGGUAUUGUGGCGUCUGCCCAUCUUGACGGUCGAGCAGAGCAUUGCGGAGACGCGCAUCACCAUCACAAGCACCAGCCUCAUUCACACACGCAGGCAAACCUCCCGAUGUUCGCGACUGUCGCCAUCGCCACUUGCCAUUGCGGCGCGGGCUGUGUCCUCGGCGACCUGGUGGGAGAAUGGCUGAUAUACACGUUUGAAGUGGUGGUCGGCGGAAAGAUGCUCUAUGCUGCCUUUAUCAUAGACUUUGUCCUCGCCCUCGCCUUUGGGAUUGUCUUCCAAUACUUCUCCAUCGCCCCCAUGGCCGGCGAAUAUGGGUGGCGCACUGUCGUCCGCGCCGCGAAGGCAGAUUUCUUGUCCCUAACCUUUUUCGAGAUCGGCCUCUUUGGCUGGAUGGCCAUCUUCGACCUCUUGAUCUUCGACCAGAGGCUGGAGAUGAAUACUGCGGCUUACUGGUUCAUGAUGCAAGUGGGAAUGUUUUUCGGGUACUGGACUGGGUUUCCUAUCAACUGGUGGUUGAUCAAAGAAGGAAUCAAAGAUCCCUGUGCUUGAGUUGAGGUCCUGGCUACCCUUCCAGAUAUCCGAGGGACAUUGACCGAGAGCAUUGCGUGGGGCUUGUCGUUGCAACGAAAUCGAGUCACGCGCAGCAGGGGAAGGAUAUUUCUAUCCAUGAACGCAAGGCCCGAGGGAUUUGCAUCGCUUGAACUGCCAAGCAGAUCCGGCUUCGCCAAAGGUCCCCUUGAAACUGGCUGAUCCCCAUGUUCCCCUCACGCUCGUGGCACGCAGCGCGUUCUCUUACGACGGGUCCUGCUCUUGCUCGGUUAUUGUUAUAUCACCGCCUGACCAUCUCGAGAAACCCGAGGUCAGACUAUUCUGCGGGGCCAUACUCUGGCAAGAGACAGCGGUCGACAUAUAAAGAGUGGUGAAGGGCAGCAUCCGGUUGGCACGGCA